CCGCCUUCCACUCUUCGCUCGUUCCAACCCUAGCUGUCCCUUCCUCGGCGUUUUGGCUACGUCUAGGCUGCUGCCGCUGUUGCUGCGUCGUUGGCCCUGGUCCUAGUGUUGCUCGAUCAACUUUUUUAGUCUUUGCUUUCUUAUUUAUCAUUUAUCAUUUUUAUUUUUAUGUCGGUGCUUCAUCCAUCACCAGAGGUGGUCAUCGCUCUGGACCCUGUUACCCUCGGCGAAGUCCAGUUUGCUGGAGUUUAGGGUUCUCUCUGUUCUUGCACCAGCGGAAAAGUGCUUCUGAGUGAUGGCAGAUAGAGCGUGUGUGCAGCGGUUACAGAAGGAGUUUAGAGCACUGUGCAAGGAACCUGUCCCACAUGUUUUGGCACGACCAUCACCUACAGAUAUAUUGGAAUGGCAUUAUGUCUUGGAAGGAAGUAAAAAUACGCCAUUUGAAGGAGGAUUUGGUGAACCUAUAGGAGGCGUAUAUCAUGGCAAAGUUAAAUUUCCACCAGAAUAUCCGUAUAAACCUCCAGGCAUCAGUAUGAUUACACCAAAUGGGCGAUUUGCAACUCAGAAGCGGAUCUGUAUGUCUAUGAGUGAUUUUCAUCCAGAGACUUGGAAUCCAAUGUGGUCUGUUUCAAGUAUUUUGACUGGCCUUCUGUCUUUUAUGAUGGACAACACGCCUACAACAGGAAGCGUUUCAACCAGUGACGUGGAGAAGCAACGCUUAGCUCAGAAUUCUCUAGCGUUCAAUUGUAAGAGUGUUGUUUUUCGUAAAAUGUUUCCCGAAUAUGUGGAAAAGCACCUUGAGAGGCAGAGAGCUGCAGAGCAAGUCGUAGCAGAACAAGCGAAUCAAAAUGGAGUUCAUGUUUCUUGUACUUUAAAUUCCUCCGGACCUCAGUCUGAUACACUGACUACUGCCAACAAUGGGCAUGUUGAGAGAAAGGGCCGACAGCAAAAACCUUCGGAGAAAUUUCCAUUCUGGUUAACGGCACUCAUAGUGGCAGUUUUCGCCAGUAUCAUGGCAUUGCCUUUGCUAACUUUGGAUCUUACGCAUUCCUAACCCAUGAAUAGAUGCCAAAUGGGAUGAACCUAGCCUUGCAAUUCCUGUGCCUGCUGAAUCGUUUUGGGUCUUAAUUGUAAGCGAUCAAGUGAGCGAUGAGCGCAGAUUGCUGGGAGGUUUUAGCUUUUUAGUUCAGGACCAUGGGGUUUUCACGAGAACCCUUAUUGUAUGCUCUACCGGAUUCAAGGUAUUUGGUCUUCAAGUUGGAAGGAACUCUUAGCAUUUUGUCAGGGCCUGCAGUAAUGUAUUGCAGACGAUAUUUUGUAAUGGUUCAGUAGUUUGAACUGGUGUGCAUGGAGUAAAUAUGAUUUUUACGUUGCAAGUAGAUUCUUAA